UGUUAUGGUGACUCCGUGACUUGUAGAAUAAAUUUCAUAAAAUUUUAAAAUAUAUUAUUGUUUAUCUCCUCAUAAUAAAUACAGAUUAUUUCUUUAAAACCGCGAGUUUUUCAAAAAAGAAAACAAAAUGCCUGAUCAUUUAGGAGAUGAUAUGCGAAAAGUUAAAGAUGACAAAGAAGAACCUGAAAAAGAAAUCAAAUCCCUCGAUGAAGGAGACAUUGCACUCUUAAAAUCAUAUGGACAAGGUCAAUACACAAAGAUCAUCAAGGAAGUGGAAGAAGGCAUCCAAACAGUGAUGAAGAGGGUCAAUGAACUGACUGGUAUCAAGGAGUCAGACACAGGUCUAGCGCCGCCUGCUUUAUGGGAUUUAGCAGCUGAUAAACAGACAUUACAAAAUGAACAACCGUUACAGGUAGCAAGAUGUACAAAGAUAAUCAACGCUGAUUCAAAUGAUCCUAAAUACAUAAUCAAUGUAAAGCAAUUCGCAAAGUUUGUUGUGGACCUUGCAGACUCUGUCGCUCCCACUGAUAUUGAAGAGGGUAUGCGAGUUGGCGUCGAUCGCAACAAGUACCAGAUCCACAUACCGCUGCCUCCUAAAAUCGACCCCACGGUCACCAUGAUGCAGGUUGAAGAGAAGCCAGAUGUGACGUACAGUGACGUGGGCGGCUGUAAGGAGCAGAUCGAGAAGCUGAGGGAAGUGGUUGAGACUCCGCUGUUGCAUCCGGAGAAAUUCGUGAAGCUAGGUAUCGAGCCACCAAAGGGUGUGUUAUUGUUCGGCCCGCCCGGUACCGGCAAGACGUUGUGUGCGAGAGCAGUCGCUAAUAGAACUGAUGCCUGCUUCAUUAGAGUUAUCGGUUCUGAGCUGGUACAAAAGUACGUGGGCGAAGGAGCGCGUAUGGUGCGCGAGUUGUUCGAAAUGGCGCGAAGCAAGAAGGCGUGUCUCAUUUUCUUUGAUGAAAUCGACGCCAUUGGUGGAGCGAGAUUCGAUGAUGGGGCCGGUGGUGAUAACGAAGUGCAGAGAACCAUGUUGGAGUUGAUCAACCAGCUGGACGGGUUCGACCCACGUGGUAACAUUAAGGUGCUAAUGGCCACAAAUCGUCCGGACACACUAGACCCCGCCCUCAUGAGGCCCGGUCGUCUGGACCGCAAGGUGGAGUUCGGUCUCCCGGACCUGGAGGGUCGAGCGCAUAUAUUCCGCAUACACGCGAGGUCCAUGAGCGUGGAGAGGGAUAUACGUUUCGAUCUGUUGGCCAGAUUGUGCCCUAAUUCUACGGGAGCCGAAAUUAGGUCGGUAUGUACCGAAGCGGGUAUGUUCGCGAUCCGCGCUCGCCGCAAAGUGGCCACAGAGAAGGAUUUCCUAGAAGCAGUCAAUAAGGUCAUCAAGAGCUAUGCCAAGUUCUCCGCUACUCCAAGAUACAUGACCUACAAUUAAUCUAGAAUCAAUAUAUUGUGAAUUAUUCAUACAUUAAA